UCUCUCUGUGCAUGUACCUGUCACACAGCUUUUAAUCUGUGUCUCUUAAUUUGCUGCUUGUUUUAUCCAACAACAACAACAACAACAAAAAAGAGAAAAAAAUAAAUACGGUUACGCAACGCUUCCAUCGACAAGUGCUGAUCUGACGGUGGUUUGAGACACACGUACACACCCCACCCCGGCGCCUCAUGUUGAGGGCUUCUGUCCCCCAGCGUUAAAAGGCGCUGUGGGUGAUAAAAGCUCAGGCGCAUAUAGUGCUGAACCGGUGGUCGCGCAUGAAAAAGGAGCGCACCUCUCCGGACCCGGAGCGCACGGCGGAGAGGGGCGGACCCAACGUGACACCGGCAUCUGCUGUCUGACUCUUCACUCACUCGCCAACUAGCUCUCUAGGGCUGGAUAGCUAAGCGUUGACAAAUUCCCCCUCUCUUCAAUAAAAGGUGCCACAUGCGCGCACGGUGCGGCACAGGACUCCUCCGUGCGCCUUCGCUUCUCCAGAUGGGUUGAGCGAGUGAAAAAGCACCGAGACCGGACGGUUCCGUCCCGCGGUGCAAACUUCGGGCUGGUCCAAACUUCGCGGCUCAGCCCGGCAUGAUCGUUCCCAACGUGAGCCUAAGCUGCGCGCACUGUCCCGUGGGAGGAGCCGGCGCCACGGCGGCGACGGUGACGGCGACGGAUGCGUACGAAGAGGUGUCCGGCGCUCUGCCUCCUCCGUCCCUGAGCCCGACGGGGCACCUGGUGGUGGCGGUGUGCCUCGGCUUCAUCGGAACCUUCGGGUUCCUCAGUAACUUCCUGGUUCUCAUGCUGUUCUGCCGGUACCGGGCUCUGCGCACGCCCAUGAACCUCCUGCUAGUGAGCAUCUCUCUCAGCGACCUGCUGGUCAGCGUGCUGGGCACCCCGUUCAGCUUCGCGGCCAGCACCCAGGGGCGGUGGCUGAUCGGACGCGCUGGGUGCGUUUGGUACGGGUUCGUGAACGCAUUUUUGGGCAUCGUGUCCCUCAUAACCCUGGCCGUUCUCUCCUACGAGCGCUACUCCACCAUGAUGGCGCCCACUAUAGCCGACGGUAGAGACUACCGCCCGGCGCUGGGGGGGAUCUGCUUCUCCUGGCUUUACUCUGUGGCCUGGACUGUUCCUCCGCUGCUGGGCUGGAGCAAAUACGGGCCCGAGGGCCCCGGCACCACCUGCUCGGUCGACUGGAAGACCCAGACGCCGAACAAUAUCUCCUACAUCAUCUGCCUGUUCACCUUCUGCCUGGUCCUGCCGUUCGGCGUCAUCGUCUACUCCUAUGGGAAGCUGCUGCUCGCCAUCAGACAGGUCCGCAGCGUGAGUUCGGUGGUGACCCGUCGCAGAGAGCAGCGGGUGCUGGUGAUGGUCAUCACCAUGGUGGUGUGCUACCUGGUCUGCUGGCUGCCGUACGGGGUCGCAGCUCUGCUCUCGACCUUCGGGCCACCUGACCUUUUAACUCCAGAGGCGAGCAUCACGCCAUCGCUGCUGGCCAAGUUCUCCACCGUCAUCAACCCUUUUAUCUAUAUAUACAUGAACAAACAGUUCUACAGGUGUUUCAGGGCAUUCCUCAGUUGCUCCAUCCCUGAGCGAGGCUCCACCUUAAAGACAUUUUCACGGGUGACCAAGACACUCCGCACCGUCCGCCAGGAGAGAGACCACCAGGUGUCCGCUGCGGCCCCGUCCUCGGCCCUGCCCACGCCCAACUCCAUCCACGGGUCCUCCUCCCAGCGAGCCAGUCGAGGCUCUGCUGCAUCCCACAACCCCCCAGCUGCUAACAAGCCCAAACCUAAACUGAUUCUGGUGGCUCACUACAGGGAAUAAGAGGAGAGGAGCGACGGGGCCACAGGAGCUGAACGUUUAGAGGGGGAGCGACGAGCAGAGGUGCGGGGUCUCCAAUUAAGAAACAAAUCCUCUUAAUGGUAGAAAAGAGCGAGCACAAAGUGAGCUCAGUGGGAGUCUUAAAUACAAGCUGGGACUUUUUAAUCCCAGAGCACGUUAUCAUGGCCCUGUGCAGUCGGCCACAGGGACACACACACAAUAGCAGUCUCAUCCUGCUCACCAGAGACACUGUAUACAAAGCAGAAGGAAGAUAUGAAGACGAGGGCUAAACACACUGUAAUGCUUCACGUUGACGUUACAGACUCCUGCCAUUAGAAUGUACUCGCUGUAUUCACAUCCAUCGUGUGCACAAGAGCACAAAAGUCGCAUUAAAGCUCACUUACCUCCGCCUAAAGUUUCGCAAAAAAAAAAGUUUGCAUUAGUUUGUGUAGUUUCUUCCUGGUUUAGGGAACCAGGAUGAUUAGAUUUAGCUUAAAUUGUGGAAAAGGUUGAGAGCUUCGGAGUCAGAACAAUGCCCACGCAGAGCCAACACGAAGAGGCUGAUUACAAAAUGAGACAUCCGCUGUUUGGAAAAAUGAAUGCCUGCGUUUACAGGCUUGAAAGUAAGUUGCAUUGUGGGCAAUCACCGAAGUGAUUACUCAUGCUGGGAGAGGUCUGGUUGCAAAACAUCGAAUUUAAAAAAAAAAAAAAGGACAAAAUCAUGUUUGAAGGGGAAAAUACAUUUAUUAUAGCUUUUGGAAAAUUGGGUGUUUUUGGAAUAAAUAAAAGAAAUCCCUUUA